UGGCCUUGAUAUGGGUUCCUUGUCUCCUUUUCUCUGUCAAAACAUUUUACAGACAACUUGUUUUCUUCCAUAUUGGUUCCAUCCUCAAUGUCUCUCUAUAUAUAUGGCUUUGUAUCUAAUCCCGGAGUGAAACAAGUGAUGAAGAUGGUGAAGUGCCAGAAGCUCAAGCAUCGUCGUCGCAAGGGACGAAAAGAGAACUCCAAGUUUCGCGAAACUUACACGCAAAGAAACCUCCGGAUCCUUCGAAAGAUUGUACCAGGCUGUGAAGAGAUCGAGGACGAGGAAGCCUUGUUUCGCAAGUCAAUCGAACAUGUUAUGCUUCUCAAGUCUCAGGUUACUUUACUUAGAAAGAUAGCUGAUGUAUGUGGGGUCUAAAAGAACGUAAGUUCUCAAGUUGUUAUGCAUUACAUUAUUAGAUCAAA